ACGCACACAAACAAAUCGCACGGAUAACAUCCUAAAUUGACUAUAGUAAUUUUAUAUUUUAUCUUAUAACCAUGAUUUUAAAACUAAAUUUAGUGAUAUUGACGAUAAUGACGCUGGUGUGUUUGCUUCCGUGUGGAAAUUCCCGAGGCAUCCCUCCCAGUGAAAUGAUUUCAUCCCAGAUUUCAAGUGACCUUUUGGUCAAUCAGAAUAAAACUCAGAGAAAUAGCACUCUUACUGAUGAAGCGGUGAAAUCCACAGAAUUAGCUGAACCAAAGACAGAACCUACAAAAAUAAUUUCGACCAGUCCGACGAUCAUAAGGCAUAUAAUUCGUGAAAAACGUGAUGCAACAGUGCCAUUCGACUUUCAAACCAGUCAUUUACCUUGCGAUGUGGACUUGGGAGCUGUCCAGAAGAUCGUCACAGUAUUACCCAACAAUUGCGUUUGGGCCUUCAACAACAGAUUCGUUUCAGAGGAACACUAUCGCAUUUAUAAAACCUAUCAGCUGGAGGCCUUUAUGUUUGGUCAGUACCAUGAGCGCUUGAGGCGUUUCGAAAUGGAUCCGCAUACCUGGGACUAUGCGAGUGUAGUAACGUAGGAAACCAAU